AUGAAUUAUAUCCAAGAUUUUAACGAGGCAACAAACAGUUUCCCAGUAUGUAUUGACAGAGUAUAUUUUAAUAACAGUGGUGAACAGAAACCGAAAAGAAAUCGCACAGCCUUUACCAAAGAUCAACUAAAAGAAUUAGAAAAGAAUUAUAAAAUAAAUAGAAAAAUUUCUCAGAAAGAUCGCAAUGAAUUGGCUUCAAAAUUGGAAUUACAAGAGCGAGUUAUCAAAGUUUGGUUUCAGAACCAACGAAUGAAAGAAAAGAACAAAAAACAAUCUGAUUCAAAUGAACCAUCGGGCCAUGAGGAUAUUUUAGAACAAGAGGAACAGACUUUCCAACCACCAAACAACGGACAAUUCUAUACUGAAGUCAUACUCAACAACUCAUUAGAGGCCGAACAAUUCGAAAUUGAUUCCAUGAUUAUCGAGGAAAUGGAUAUAGAAGUGGAAGUGGAGGCAUUACAUGAAGAACAAGAGAUUCAUCAAAGCAGUUCUUCGUAUGAACAGAAUUUCCAACCACCGAACAACGGACAAUCCUCAGCAGACGAUCAACUCAGCAACUCAUCAGUGGAGGAUCAAUUUGAUUUGGAUUCAUUCCUUGCGAAUUUAUGA